AUGUCUCGAUCGCAGAUAUCGACUAGACGCCUACUAGCGUACCUGGCCGCUGGCUUGAGUAUCCACGCGAGAGUUGCGCAAGCCCAGCAAUGCUGUACGUCCGCCCAGUUUACUCGUUACGUGGCCGCUCCUCCUCACCUCACCUCACUUCACCUCAUUACACGUAGACAUUCGAGAACUAUACAUUUGUUAACCCUUCUCCGAGCAGACUACCCCAAUGGAAACAAAGCCCCCGACACCGAAAAACCCUGCGGCUCCGCCAAAGGCUCCGCCUGCUGCCCGGACAAAUGGCAGUGCCUCGACAACGGCCUCUGCCACUAUCCGCCCGACAAUCUGUACGGCCGGUAUAGCUGCACCGAUCCCAAGUGGGAGGCGGACGGCUGUCCGAGGAAUUUGUGCACAUAUGAUAUGAGAGCCGGCGGUGGUGAAUCCAUUACCCAAUGCAGCAACCAUAACAACGACUGGUGCUGCAACGCCGAUGCCACCAACGUAAACUGCUGCCAGGAGUCUCCCGAGCCACGCCCCUUCUUCGUUCUUCAGGACGGUCGCGCAUACGCCACCGUUGGCUCCAACCAGGCCUCCGACGUCCCCAAUAUUGCGUCUAUCACAGGUAUCGCCACCAGCAAGAAAGAUGGAAAUAAGGAUAAACCGAGCCAGACUCCAGCUCCUUCUUCAAGUGACGAUAAACCGAAAUCCUCAGAAUCUCCCUCCUCCCCAAGCUCCAAGACAGCAAACCCGGACUCUGCCUCGCCCGCGCCGACAACCCCCAGUACCUCACUCGAAACAUCAAUCACCUCCGGCACCGCGGGCAUCUCCACAAUUAUCAUUACCCGCACCCUCGAUCCCGCGUCGAGUGAGCAUUCGACUUCGUCCCCGUCUCCUACCUCGAAUAAUGGGAGCUCGAAAUCAAACAUUCCCAUCGUCGUGGGCUGUGCGGUGGGUAUACCACUAGCUCUAGCUCUCAUAGGAAUUCUAGCAUGGCUGCUGCGGAAGCGAGCGAGGCAGAAUGGCGAGCACAAACCGCUGGAGUCGCCUACACUAGACCCGUAUUCGGGAGAGUCGUCGGGCUUCGCGGGAGGUGCAAAGCUCACUGGUGCCGGCGCAGCAGGUAUGACAGAGAAGAACCGCCAUUUCGCAGGCCACUACUCCAAUGCCACCUCUACUGCUCCUCUGGAUCCAGGCGUUCCUGAACUCAUGGGCCGAAACGUCGGUCCCGGUCGACCCGUCAGCACUAUCGUGGGAAAAGCGGAACUAGACGGGGGACCGGGCUUUGCGGCGGGGGCAGCAGCGCCGUAUGCGCCUGAUCUGGUGGGCGUCGGAGGUGGGAACGCUACGAAUACCGGAGUUACCGAUGGACGUACGCCGAAUUCGAGUUGGGGGAGUGCGCCGCCGGGAUAUUCGCCUGGGAUGAAUGCUGGUGCGUUUGCGGCAGGAGGGGUCGUUCAUGGUCAGCAGCAUGGUGGUGGAUAUGCGGGUGUGCCUGAGGGCGUAGCCGAGGCGCCGGAUACGUCUGUUCCCAGGCGUGAUGGGCAGACUGGUGCUGGAGUAGGAGCGGGAGCAGCACCGGGAGCGGGCAAUGUCACUGACGGAGAGAGGUAUAUACCCUAUCGACCGCCCGGGGCAAAUGUGCCGCAAGCAGGAGGCGCUGGGACGGCAUCGUCGAAUGUACCCGAGGGGGUGGCGGAGAUGCCGAGUGUGCGGACGCCGCCGGCGUGA